GUGUUUGGGUGGCAGCUCUAGUCCCACUCCAUCGGAUGGUUCCCAUGGCUACCCCUGCCCUGCCGGCUAUAGCUGUCCCGUUGGCUCAACAGUUGAGGUGCCCUGUGAACCUGGCACUUACAGCCCAGCUCCUGGAGCGGGACAUUGCAAGUUGUGCCUGAAAGGAAGCAUGUGUCCCUCUUUAGCCACUCAGGAGCCCACAACCUGUCCAGCUGGGAGUUUUUGCCCUGCUGGGACAGCUCGGGCCCAGGCCUGCCCUCCAGGAACAUUUAGUAACCAGACAGGUGCUCAGUCGCGCUCUGUCUGCACACCCUGUCCCCCUGGAAUGUACUGUAGUUUAUAUGGAGCCACAACACCACAAGGUCCAUGUUUAGAGGGAUACUUCUGCCAGGGUGGUGCAGCAGAACCAACACCUGAUAGUUCUGCGGAUUUUCCAAAGAAUGGCCCGUGUCCUGCUGGCCACUACUGCCCAGCGGGGUGUCUGUCUCCGGUCCCAUGUCCUCUAGGCAGUGUUCGCAACACUAGUGGUGGUGUGUCCAUGGAAGACUGUUUUACCUGUCCUGCUGGCUACUACUGCUCUACAGAGGGUCUGACCAGCCCCAGUGGUCCAUGCGCUGCUGGUUUCUACUGUCCUUUUGACUUCUCUUCUACUACUCCAUAUGCCUUCAUCUGUCCUAAAGUUAGUAUAUCUGUGUAAACUUGAUUUAAAAACAAUAUUUUUGCCAUUUAUA